AUGUCGGGAACACAUCAUCUGUACACAAGCUCCGGCAGCCGGAUGCCGCCGCCGCCAAAGGCAACCCCGCACAGGACGUCCAGCGUCUGUAGGACGCCCACGCGACGAUACAACCCUGCCCAGAGGCUCCCAUCGGCAUCCUCCAGGACGGCGCAAAAUGAGUGUCAUGACCGUCAGCUAGCUCUCGUGCGUGGUAGACGGCAAAGCCCAGAUAGUCCUUCUCGUCAACCUCGCCUUUCGUUGGAGGACGUCAUUCAGGUACGGCGCCGACAAAUAGAUGAAACGACACAUCUAUCAGGACCAUGCCGCUUGAGUUUUGGCAAAAACAGUCGUCAGGAAGAAUGGCAUGGGUCGCCCCGAGCUGAGGAUCAUGGGCAUUUCAGCCGCAUGCGGUUGUAUCGCAGCAAAGAGCCGGUUUACCAAAGCUCCGUGGAUGGCAGGGCCAGUUCCCCGCAUGAGGCAGAAUUUUGUGCUGCACAGAACUUCACAACGCGCCUGCGGCGUUCCUUGUCGCGUGGCUACAGCCCUCAGCGUAGACAAGCCGACCAGGCGGUGGUGGGUACGGAGCUGGCACCGCCGAUGCCACUCCUUCAGGGCACGCACCGCACCUCCAAGAAUCGUUACCGGACGACAAUAGAACGAUUUAUUCAAGGUCAACCGUCAAACACCCAGAAAGAGAUACUAACAAUGUUGGAGGAGUACAGGGGGCGGGAGAGUGAGCUCUGUGGCGCACUCUCCGAGGCCUACAGUGAUUCCUGGGAGGCUGCUGUGAAUGGAAAUGACUCUACCAGUCAGUCCCAAAGUAAUAACAAUCACGGCAGACUUGCAUUUGAAAAACAGCAGGGCGUCGUGGCGAACAGGGCGUUUUCUCGCGUUGAGAACGGGAGGAGGCACAUUGACCCCCGUAACGGACUUGGAUCCGAAGACGGGUCCAUGGUUGAAUGCUACCGGCAAGGCACGUCAAACGCUGCCCUCAGUCUCCACUCAACUCCAGUGCAACAGAAGAGCAGCGAUCAGAGCGUCAAUCGCCCCCAUUCGUUAUCGGAACACUCCACACCCUUUUGCAGCAAGGGUAUGAAUAAUCUAACGAGUGCCGAAAAGGAACACUACAACGAAGACACGAGCCCACUGCCUCGACGUGAGCCUGGUGGAGCCGCAAACGCAGCCUUGCCCCUAGGAAGUAUUCUAAAGUACAACGGCGCGUCAACUCGCCCAGGUGGCAUGUUGACACCGCCGAUUCCUGCGGACCUUGUCGCACGUUGA